AUGUCUCGGCGUCCGGACCCCGCUCGCGCCGCGCAAAACCAGCAGACCAUCAAGAAUUUAUUGAAAUUGGAAUCGAAUAAGACCUGUGCGGAUUGCAAGCGAAACAAGCGUAUGGACCACGACUCCCCUUCCGCUACUUUCCCCGCUGCGGAUUCACCACAAGAGUCGAAUCCACGAUGGGCCUCAUGGAAUCUCGGCAUUUUCAUCUGCAUCCGCUGCUCAGGCAUCCACAGAGGGAUGGGCACGCAUAUCAGCCGAGUCAAAUCCGUCGACCUUGACGCAUGGACGGACGAACAAUUGCAGAGCGUUUUGAAAUGGGGAAAUUCACGUGCUAAUAAGUACUGGGAAGCUAAGCUGGCGCCUGGUCAUGUUCCCUCCGAAUCCAAAAUUGAGAAUUUCAUUCGCACCAAAUAUGAAUCCAAGCGAUGGGUGAUGGACGGACCGAUGCCCGACCCCUCCACCCUAGGAAAUGAUGACGAUACUCCACUUGCAGUUGUUCAGGAAAGAGCCAAACUUGAGCGCUCCGCAUCGCAGCGUGUAUCCGUCUCUAGCCAGCCGCCCGCUCGCCGACAACCGCAGCCGUCCAUUGAUUUCUUUGGGGACGAUGACGCUAUUAGCCCUCCUGCGCGACCCAGUACAACUGGACCUACGGCCGUUGCUCGCCCUCCACCUCCUCCUAGCUCGGCGCAAUCCGCUGCUGCGAAACAGACAAAGCCGGCAGACUCGUUGCUAGGCUUGGAUUUCUUCGGUAGUACCCAAUCUACCCCAGUCAGUCGUCCUGGCAGUACGGCCCCUACAUCUGGUGCCCAAGCAGGAGUUUCGAGACCCGAUUUGAAGCAAUCUAUUCUAUCUUUAUAUGCCACUGCCCCGAAGCCACAACCUGCGCCGGCACAGCAUGAACGCACAUCGUCAAUCGGAACAACUGCCUCCGGACAGUCGAAUGUGAACAGCCUGACGGAUGCCUUUAGCGGAUUGACAUUCCCGUCAGUCACGUCUCCACAGCCGCAGCAGAAGCCACAAUCACCAUCCAACGAUCUUUUUGCGGGCUUGACAGGAUUUGGCGGUCCAAAAUCGCCCCCGGUAGCACCUAGAGUGAGUUCUCCGGCGUCUACCGGUGGAGCAGGAUUGUUCGAUAGUAUAGCAUCAAACACACAGGCACCAAAGCCUACCACCACCCGCAACACAUCAGUUUCCUCAAACGGACUUGAUUUCGGGUUUACACAAAACUUCGCAUCUCCAGUGUCACAGCCCGCAAAGCCGGCACCACCAGCACCGAGCGUUUCUAACGAUUUGUUCGAUCUUGCAGCCCCAUCACAGCCAGUAUCGCCUCCAGCAUAUUCUCAGCCGACUUCAUCCGUCUUCAACCUCUCAUCCAGCACCACUUCCACUCAACCUACCCAAAAAGCUGCACCUACCACUUCCACAUCCAACGUGACGAGCAUGUUCUCUUCGUCCAGCAUUGAUCCAUGGGGAGGAAACGCCUGGAGUACCCCAGACCCUGCCCCUGCCCCUGCACCUCCAGCCGCGAAGCCGACCACAUCAGCACAGCCCUCUAUUACGGACUCAAUGAGGAUGCCCGAUACCUUGACUGGUGGCGACAUUGGAGCAGGCUGGGGUGCACCCGCAGCCCGUGCUACCACCACUACGACCACCACUACUACCUCAGCAGCAACAGUCGCUCCUGAAGAUGACUUUGGCGGAUGGACAAGCGCUGCACCUGUUAGCAAUACCACCACGAGUACUAGCGGCAAUAAGCCUGCUGCAGGGGGAUUUGCGGCAAAUGAUGAUUUGUUUUCUAAUGUAUGGGAGUAG